AACACCAAGAAUUCACCCUGCAAAGAACCACCAGCACCGCCAGAAGCACCAGAAGGAUCCUCCCAUCCAACCAUACUCGUUCUCGUCAUCUUUCCAGCCCGAAGCCGACGAAAUCUCCGACAACCUCCUGAUCCAAAACAAUACUCCCCCAUCUCACUUCACCGGGACCGGGACCAAAACCCUCCCACCGGCAAACCCAGUACACCAAAAAGCUAUCCUCCCUUCUCCGCCCUCCUUAGCCUCCUCUCCUUCCCACCCAUCCCCCCUACCUGCAAAUGGCUCUCCAUACCUUCUCAACUCUCCCUUAACCCUUCUAUCGGCCGCAAAGUCACCGGCACCCUCUUCGGUCUCCGCCGCGGCCACGUCAGCUUCGCCGUCCAGCUCGAUCCCCGCUCCGAACCCCUUCUACUCCUCGAGCUCGCCAUGUCAACUUCAUCCUUAGUCAAAGAGAUGUCCUCCGGUCUAGUUCGCAUCGCGCUCGAGUGCGAGAAGGUUAGCCCAGCUAAUCAACCCGGUCGGUUCAGGAAGCUGUUCCAGGAACCGACGUGGACCAUGUAUUGCAAUGGCAGGAAGUGCGGGUACGCGGUGUCGCGCGCGUGCGGGGAGUUUGACUGGCACGUCCUGGGUACAGUGCAGAGCGUUUCGGUCGGUGCCGGAGUGAUUCCUGUGGUGGAUAACGGGAAAAAAAGUGGUGGCUCGGAAGGGGAGAUGCUGUAUAUGCGAGCGAGGUUUGAGCGAGUAGUCGGAAGUCGCGAUUCCGAGGCGUUUUACAUGAUGAAUCCGGACGGUAAUGGAGGGCCUGAACUUAGUAUUUUUCUUCUAAGAAUAUGAAGAGCCAACGAUGGAAACGCAUCAUGAAAAAAAAAAUAUUAAAGGAAAUUUAAGAAAGCGAUCGAUCGAAGACUAUUCUAUUAUGUUGUUGGCCGUUGGGGGAUUUAAAUUUAGGAAGGGAGCUGUGUUUAGUUAAUUCCGUUGUAUGGUGUAUUUUCUCUAUGCAUUACCAUGUGAUUUGAUA